AUGGUUGGUUUGGAAUCGGGGUUUUUGGCCAACUCCCCUAGCGUAUGGCCCGCAAUAGAAGCCGCUGUUGAUGUUGCCAAUUGGAAAAAUUGGGAAACAUUGCAUAUCAAGCUUUUGAACAAGCUCAAGUACCGUGCCAGGCCGGAACGAUGGGAACCUGUUUUGGGUCGAUUCCUCUUCAACCACGCGGCGGAUAUUGAUGGUCUUUCCGAAGCUGCCGAGUGCCUUGUCUCGGGAAUAUGUGCAAAAUCGUCCACUAAUACGUCAUCGACAACCCCGGUACACAUCAAUAGACCAUACUCCCCCGUGUAUUAUGGCUUAGGUGCGGAGGUGCGUACUCGACUGCUACUGGCCCUGUUGGAGUCGCAGUUUGAUAGAAACCAGGGCUUCAAGGAGAAAGUAAAUCUUCGCUCGGCGAUGGAUUUGCGCUUCCGACCUUUGGGUUACGAUGUAUGGGGACGAAUUUAUUGGUUGCUGAAAGACUCAGAAAUUAAUUUAUUGCUCUACCGAGAAGACAGCGGAAAACAAACGUUCCAGGUUGGUUUUUUUUGGAUACUUUAG